CUCCCACCCAAGAUGGCGGAGAGCCUCCCCGAGCAUGAGCGGAUCCUGCAGGAGAUCGAGAGCACGGACACGGCCUGCGUGGGGCCCACCCUGCGGUCUGUAUAUGAUGACCAGCCAAAUGCACACCAAAGAUUUAUGGAAAAACUAGAUGCUUGCAUACGUAACCAUGACAGAGAGAUAGAAAAGAUGUGUAAUUUUCAUCAUCAGGGCUUUGUGGAUGCUAUUACAGAACUUCUUAAAGUAAGGGCUGAUGCAGGAAAAUUAAAGGUCCAAGUUACUGAUACCAACCGAAGGCUUCAAGAUGCUGGGAAAGAGGUGAUAGCCCAAACAGAGGAAAUCAUCCGAUGUAGAAUUCAGCAGCGGAAUAUUACAACAGUAGUGGAAAAACUGCAGUUGUGUCUUCCAGUACUGGAAAUGUACAGCAAACUAAAAGAGCAGAUGAAUGUAAAAAGAUAUUAUUCUGCUUUAAAAACAAUGGAACAGUUAGAAAAUAUGUACCUUCCUAGAGUUAGCCAAUAUCGUUUUUGCCAAAUAAUGAUAGAAAACCUUCCAAAAUUGCGUGAAGAAAUUAAAGAAAUUUCCAUGUCAGAUCUCAAGGACUUUUUAGAGAGUAUUCGAAAACAUUCUGACAAAAUAGGGGAAACAGCAAUGAAACAGGCACAGCAACAGAAAACCUUUAAUACAGCUCUUCAGAAACAGAAUAAUGUAAACUAUGGGAGGAAUAUGUAUGUAAUUAAUGGCAGAGUUCCAGAACCUAAGUAUGAAAUUACAUCCAAGCGAACACUUGAGGAAGAGGAUGAACAUGAAGAAGAGGUUUUGACUGCUCAUGAUCUUGUAGAUUUUUCUCCUGUUUACAGAUGCUUGCAUAUCUAUUCAGUUUUGGGUGAUGGAGAGACAUUUGAAAACUACUACAGAAAGCAAAGAAGGAAACAAGCAAGAUUAGUUCUGCAGCCGCAGUCAAGCAUGCAUGAAACAGUAGAAGGCUACAGAAGAUAUUUCAGUCAAAUUGUAGGUUUCUUUGUAGUGGAAGAUCACAUUUUACAUGUAACCCAAGGAUUGGUAACUAGAGCAUACACUGAUGAACUCUGGAACAUGGCACUGUCAAAGAUCAUUGCUGUUCUUAGAACCCAUUCGUCAUAUUGCACUGAUCCUGAUCUUGUUUUAGAGCUGAAGAAUCUCAUUGUUGUGUUUGCUGAUACUUUGCAGGGUUAUGGGUUUCCUGUGAAUCGACUGUUUGAUCUUUUAUUUGAAAUAAGAGAUCAGUACAAUGAAACACUGCUUAAAAAAUGGGCUGGGUUGUUCAGGGAUAUUUUUGAAGCAGAUAAUUACAGCCCUAUCCCUGUAGCAAAUGAAGAGGAGUACAAAAUAGUGAUUAGCAAAUUUCCUUUUCAAGAUCCAGAACUUGAUAAGCAAUCCUUCCCAAAGAAACUCCCAAUGUCUCAAUCGGUGCCUCAGAUUUAUAUCCAGGUUAAGGAGUUUAUCUAUGCAAGCCUUAAAUUUUCAGAGUCACUUCACCGCAGUUCAACAGAAAUAGAUGAUAUGCUUAGAAAAUCUACAAAUUUGCUGCUAACAAGAACUUUAAGUAGUUGUUUACAAAACCUCAUCAAAAAGCCACACAUAGGUUUAACAGAGCUGGUGCAAAUCAUCAUAAACACAACACACCUGGAACAAGCUUGUAAAUACCUUGAGGACUUCAUAACUAACAUUACAAAUAUUUCCCAAGAGACUGUUCACACUGCAAGACUGUAUGGUCUUUCCACUUUUAAGGAUGCAAGACAUGCAGCAGAAGGAGAAAUAUACACCAAACUGAAUCAAAAAAUUGAUGAAUUUAUUCAGCUUGCUGACUACGAUUGGACAAUGUCUGAGCCUGCUGGAAGAGCCAGUGGAUAUUUAAUGGACCUUAUUAAUUUCUUAAGAAGCACAUUUCAAGUUUUUACUCACUUGCCUGGAAAAGUGGCCCAGACAGCUUGCAUGUCAGCCUGCCAACAUCUUUCAACAUCCCUGAUGCAGAUGCUAUUGGACAGUGAGUUAAAACAGAUAAGCAUGGGAGCUGUUCAGCAAUUUAACUUAGAUGUCAUACAGUGUGAAUUGUUUGCCAGUUCUGAGCCCGUGCCAGGAUUCCAUGGGGACACCCUGCAGUUAGCUUUCAUCGACCUCAGACAACUUCUGGACCUUUUUAUGGUGUGGGACUGGUCAACCUACCUAGCUGAUUAUGGUCAACCUACUUCUAAGUACUUACGAGUAAAUCCAAGCACAGCCCUUACCCUCCUGGAGAAAAUGAAAGACACUAGCAAAAAGAACAAUAUUUUUGCUCAGUUCAGGAAGAAUGAUCGUGACAAGCAGAAGCUAAUAGAGACCGUAGUAAAGCAACUUAGAAGUUUAGUGAACGGUAUGUCCCAGCACACAUAG